CGUUUCUAUGCACCGCUCAAAUACAAAAAGAAAUCCCCGCGACGGUUCAAAAACCAGAUUCCGAGCGAAACCCCAAUCCCCUUGGCGGCGAGCUGACCGGCGAUGCGUCCGCCGGCGCCGAAGGUCCCCUCUGCCGCUUCCUCGUCCUCCUACAGCCAGCGCGAGCCCCGCCCGGAGAACCCUCUCCUCCUCCUCCCAUCCUCUCGCGUCACCAAGCUCUCACUCGGCUGUCCCCUCCUCGACCGUCUCCUCUCCGGCGGCCUCCCCGCCGCCUCUGUUACCGAGAUAGCCGGCGAGUCCGCCACUGGCAAGACCCAGCUCUGCCUCCAGCUCGCCCUCCUCGCGCCCCAGUCCCCGCUCUCCGCCUCCUCCCUCUUUCUCCACUCCGACCUCCCAUUCCCCCUUCACCGCCUCCGCCGCCUCGCCCCCAAAUCCCGCCCCGAUAUCCUCGACCACGUCCUCGUCGCCGCCGCGCACUCCCCCACCGACCUCCUCUCCCUCCUCGCCCGCGCCCAGCGCCUGCUCGCCAACCCCGGCCGCUCCCCGCACCGCCUCCCCAUCCGCCUCAUCCUCCUCGACUCCAUCGCAUCCCUCUUCCGCGCCGACUUCGACGCCUCCCCCGCCGACCUCAGGCGCCGGUCCGCGCUCUUCUUCCAGAUCUCGGCGAAGCUCAAGGAGCUGGCGUACAGGCACCAGUGCGUGGUGGUGGUGACCAACCAGGUGGUGGACGUGGUGGAGGAGGGCGCCGGGAACACCGUGGCGUGGUCGUCGGGGCGCCGUGUGAGCCCGGCGCUCGGGAUCGCCUGGGCCAACUGCGUCAACAUGCGCCUGUUCCUGACGCGGGAGGUGGGCGGGGAUGGCGCCAGCGGGAGCGCAAGGAGGCGGAUGAAAGUGGCGUUCGCGCCGCACCUGCCGGAGCGGUCGUGCGAGUUUAUGAUACGGAGGGACGGCGUCUUUGGCGUCGAGCCGGCUGAGAGCUACUGUCCUAAGAAGUUCCAGAAUGCUCAAGCUUUAGGUAGCCACCAAAAUGCGCAUAAGGUCCAGUGUAAUCUUGGGUAGAGGAAUCAAGAGGUUGCUCUAGUAAAAAGCCAAGGGAGAGACGAAAAUUCAGGGGUGAAAGUGGGAAUCUUCACUCUCUGCUGAAUUUGCCAAUGGUGUUCCACGAGGAAAGAAGCACGGUGAAGACUGAAGAGGUUUGAUGAGUACUGCUAAGGGCAGGUGCUUCAACAGUAUCUGGUACUAUGAUCCAAAAAGUUUUUCAACAGGAAGUUGGCAGUGAAGAGCUACAAAAUGGGAUAAUUGGUUUGUCCCUCAAGUUAUAAUAUGUAAUCCCCUUUGAUACUUGCAUGCUGUUUCCUUCAUGUUGUGGUUUGAAUUUCCGCAGGUUACAUAUUUAUAUAACAUUGCCUGCAGUGCUUUAAUAACUUUCUUGAAUCCAUGAACAUUGAAGUGGAAAAGAUCACCAUGUUUGCUAACCUGCUGCAUGAAAGCAGUCCAAAAGUCAUCCAAGGUCCAAUGUUUGGGAUACUCUUCGAAUAAAAGGACCCAUUUGUCAAAGGUUGCUGUAAUCCGUAAUUAAUUGACACAAAUAAGCGAUCAGUUUAUGGAAUAUUUUGUUCUCAUCAUGGUUUUGAAGGAUCAGUAAAGGUCACGUUUAUGGGAGAAUUCUUAGCUGAACUACUUAGCAGAUUUUCGCAUACUCAAUAUAGCUAGUCGUAAGGUUUGUUUCUGUACUUUCUGCUUAAUUCACUUUUCUUUUGCAUUUGCUUGCCUGUCCCUUAUAGACAACAUUUAGCCUAUAGUAGUAGAUAUGAAGUUGUGAUGAUUGAGUUAAUUGUUCUCUCUGUCCAUUCUUCUUUUUUUUUCAACAAUCAAAGCUACACUCCUCUCUAUAUACUCUCCUUUUUCAUGUAUUGCAUGCAUGCGUGAAUGAUGGUCUUGCAUUCAUGCAGCUGCUAUGACGUGCAGGAUUAAAAUUUCAAAUCAAAGGAAGUAUAAAGGUCUUAGUAAGCUCACGAGUCCUAAAUGUUAAUGUGUUCAGUUCUUUCUAGUCUUUUUAGUUACUAGCAUGUUGGCCUGGCGUUGCCUAUGGAUUGGAAAUCUUAGUCUUUGGGUCUGGAGUUUUUGGAGAAUAAAAUUACUUGAGUGUUAUUGGUGAAAAAGGAGGGAAUUGUGGGUUGCUGGGAUGAAAAUUGUAAGCCAAAAGAAAGAUAAAAAAAAACUAUGGGGGGUGAAAAGAAGGGAAACUGUGCACCCUCUGCUGAGUCUGGAAGCAGCAUAUAUUCAAAAGGAAAGAAGCAUCGUGAAGAGAUUUAGCCAGUCCUUCAAGGAUCAGGUGGUUUAAUAAUAUCUGUAUAAUGAUCGCAAAGUUUUUCAAGUGGAAGUUGUAAGAUGAGAUUAGGCUUAGAGAU